AUUCGAGCGGGACGGGAAAUUCGCCGAAUUCAUCUUCUUCCGAGUUCUGUCACGAGAGAGAAAGGGUUUUUUUUUCCGCACUUUCUCAGUAAUGGCAUCCAAACCCAGUCCUGGAGUUCCCACAACGUACUCUCCGACGCCGUCCUUGAAAAAAACACGGCCCGAUGUCGAUUGGGUCCGACCCGACAGCCGUGGAUUCCAUCAGUGUCGCCCCGCCUUUUUCAGGACAGCUGCUGUAAAUGCUGCUGCUGGAUCUGCUUAUGCCGAGUUUGGAAAUACAAAGGUCAUUGUUUCUAUAUUUGGACCCAGAGAAAGCAAGAAGGCAAUGUUGUAUAGUGAUGUGGGCCGGUUAAAUUGCAACGUUAGCUACACGAAAUUUGCUACUCCAGUGCGUAGUCAGGAGGCAGACUGUAAAGAGCUGUCUUCGAUGCUUCACAAAGCUCUCGAAGGCGCCAUAUUGUUGGAAACUUUUCCAAAGACAACAGUAGAUGUUUUUGCUUUGGUGUUGGAGUCUGGAGGCAGCGAUCUUCCUGUGGUAGUGUCCUGUGCAAGCCUUGCCCUAGCCGAUGCAGGGAUUAUGAUGUAUGACCUUGUUGCUGGUGUUUCUGUGGCCUCUCUCGGUAGAAAAAACCUAGUGAUUGAUCCAGUACAAGAAGAGGAAAGCUCUCAAGAUGGAAGCCUAAUGCUGACUUGUAUGCCAUCAAGAUACAAGGUUACCCAGCUAACCAUUACAGGAGAAUGGUCAUCGGCAAACCUGAACGAGGCCAUGGAGCUAUGUCUCGAUGCUUGCUCUAAGCUUGCGAAAAUUAUGAGGUCUUGUCUGAAGGAUGCUGCCUCUUCAGUUUCCCAAGAUUAGAACAGAUGAAAUAGCUAAGUUUUUGUAGUAAAAGCCAAUGAAGGAAAGUGGCAGAGUGGUUCGAAUUUGAGUUGAAUCCAAAGAGACCUGGUGGAGCUUGGGACGAUAGAUCGAGUCCAUUGACCCUUUCCGUGGGGAAAUUUUGAAUGUGAUUAUUAUGUUUCCAUUCAAUAGAGAGUUAUUCUGUCUUUUGAAUGCUUCCCAAAUCCAACAAUUCUUGUUCCAUAUUUGAGUAUUUAGCAAUUCGAAUCUCUCCAUAGGUAAUGGACUUACGUUGUAAAAAGGAGUGACAGAGUCAUGUUAAACCGACGGCCAACUGUCGACGACGUUUGUUGGAAUGGCAUAACAUCUUCUUGGUGCCUCAAC